AACAAAUUUAACUAACUAUCCGAUAACAUUUUUAAAUUUUGAUUGCUUUUGUGGUUAACAGACCCACAGGGUGAUUAGUGUCAGCGGUAAUCGAGAUUAUACUUCAAAUCUAAGAACCUAUCACAGUUUCAGGGCCAUGGAGGAAAUAUGCCGAGUUUGUUUGAGGAGGCCGGAGGUCAUGGUGAACAUUUUCCAGGAAACGAAUGAGCAGGGUCUUUCCAUAGCGGAUAUGAUUUCGGAAUCUACCGGCUUUCCUGUUGAAAAGGGGGACUCUCUUCCGGAACUGAUUUGCCUGCCUUGCCGUGAAGAUGCUACAAAUGCCUUCAAGAUUAUGAAAACCUACCAGAGGAGCCAGCACUUCUUCCGCCUGACGGAGGAGGAUCGUAAGGCAAAGGAUCAGGAAGCGGACAACAAGAGCGAUUCCUUUACCGAUGACAGCGAUGAUGGUGAUAUGGAGCUUCCCUCGAAGUGCCCACACUGCCCAAGGACGUACCAACUGAAGAGAAACCUUUUAAAGCACAUGAGACUCCACUCCGAUGACAGUCCCAAUAGCAAUGAUGGCGAUAAGGAGCUUCCCUUCAAGUGCCCACACUGCCCGAAGAGGUGCAAGUUGAACGGCAACCUACUCAAGCACAUUAGAAUCCACUCCGAUGACAGACCCUACAAGUGUGAGCACUGCCAGAAGGCCUUUAAGGACAGCUGUGCCCUGCAGAAGCACAUCCGCAUCCAUACGGGCGAGCGGCCCUACAAGUGCACCGAGUGCCCGAGUGCCUUCUCUUACUCCGGCUCCCUGAGGGAUCACAUGUUGGGCCACUCCGGCGAACGGCCGCACAAGUGUCCCCACUGCGAGUCGUCCUUCAAAUGGCGGAAGCUUCUCACCAUUCAUCUGCGCUGUCACACCGGUGAACGUCCUUUCAAGUGCCCCGAGUGCUCCAAGUCCUUCGCUGCCCGCUCCACCCUGGAAACUCACAUCAAAACCCACUCUGGAGAGCAGCCCUACGAGUGUCCCCAGUGCCAAAUGUGCUUCGGCAUCAAGCAGGGACUGCGGAGGCACAUGAAAACGCACCAGGACUGUAGUCAUAUCGUAGGAUUUCACUUUCGCACAUGUAUUUGCCGGGCCGCGGCCAUGGAGAAGAUCUGCCGAGCUUGCCUGGGGAGUCCUGGAGAGGAGCACCUGGUCAACAUAUUCGAUAGGAGGCCUAAGCUGCAAGUCUCCGUAGCAGAAAUGAUAGCGGAAUGCACUGGAUUCGAAGCCAAGCCCGGAGAUGCGUUUCCCGAGACCAUUUGCCGAGCUUGUCUGCAGGAUGCGGAGAAUGCCUACAAGAUCGGGAAGACCUGCGAGCGAAGCCACCAGUUCUUCUGCCAAGUCCGGGAUGAGGGCAUUGAGGAAGCCAUCUGUGCCUUGCUCGAGGAAGAGAGCUGGGAGUUUUCGGACAAGGAAAGCAAAUGUGAUAGCUCCGCUAGUACGUUGAAGUCGGAUGAUGGUAAAACCACAGAAAAACCGGGCUUACCCUCAAAGAACGCAAAGAGGAGAAGACGUCGUAAGAGAAGUCUUCAGGGGAACUGGGUCCAGGGCUACAAAUGUCCCCACUGCUCCCGGUCAUGUGUCAACGAACAAGUUCUGACGGUUCACAUACGAUGUCACACUGGUGAAAAGCCCUACAAGUGCCCACACUGCUCCACCUGCUUCGCUCAAAAACCCACUCUGAUCUCUCAUAUUCGCAUCCACACGGGCGAGCGUCCAUUCCAGUGCACAGAGUGCUCCAAGUCCUUCGUGAAGGGCUCAGAUCUCCUGCGCCACAAACGAACCCACGAUGGAGUCCGGCCGCACCAGUGCCCGCAUUGCGAGAAGUUCUUUGCCAGAAGGUCCCAUCUGCGGGACCACAUACGCGUCCACACGGGCGAGCGUCCCUUCCAUUGCCCCCAGUGUCCCAAGACGUUUGCGUUGAAACAACCACUGCGGCGUCAUAUUGCCUCCCACUCGGAUUCAGGAGCCUUUAAGUGUAUCCAGUGCCCGAAAUCGUUUCCAAGCCAGAAGAACCUUCGCAAGCAUAGUCCAAUGCACUUGAAGGCUCCACUGCAUGAACACUCCCAGUGCCCGGAUCAUUUGCUUACACACUCGACGGACAAGGUCCACAAGUGCCCCCAGUGCUCCCAGAGAUUCUCCCUAAAGCGGGACCUAAGGAAGCACAUGCGAACCCAUGCUGAGGUCGCGAAGCAUUUUAUUUGAUAUUGCCUAGAAAAAUAUAGAUAGCAACUUUUUCAAUAGAAAUACUGAAGUAAAGAAGCUUUAUAGAACAGUAUGAAACUUUCUAUGAAAAAUACAUAUUUUAUUAUAUUUAAAAUAUUUAAAAAUGUAUGAAACAAAUAAAAAAUGAAGGGCAAUUAUUUAUAUAUA